ACAUUAAGCUGCCGUUAAAGACGAAGAAGAAGAGCCAGAAGCAGGUUUCCACCAGUCUAUGGUUUUCACUCGGUGUGUUUUUAUCGCUACAUUUGAGAGAUGAAACACAACUCGAACGUCCCGGCUUUCCUCACCAAGCUGUGGACGCUGGUGGAGGAUGCAGACACCAAUGAGUUCAUCUGCUGGAGUCAGGAGGGCAACAGUUUCCUGGUGCUGGACGAGCAGCACUUUGCCAAGGAGAUCCUCCCCAAGUUCUUCAAGCACAACAACAUGGCCAGUUUCAUCAGGCAGCUCAACAUGUAUGGAUUCCGUAAAGUGAUGCACAUCGACACUGGUAUUGUGAAACAGGAGAGAGAUGGGCCAGUGGAGUUUCAGCACCCCUAUUUCAAACAUGGACAGGACAACCUACUGGAGAACAUCAAGAGAAAGGUUUCAAACACACGUCCAGAGGACAACAAGAUUCGACAAGAGGACCUGACCAAGGUCCUGGCAAGUGUUCACAGCGUUCAUAGCAAACAGGAGAACAUCGACGCCAGGUUGACAUCACUAAAGAGGGAGAAUGAAGCUCUGUGGAGGGAGAUCUCAGACCUGAGGCAGAUACAUGCUCACCAACAGCAGCUCAUCAAAAAGCUGAUACACUUCAUCGUCACAUUGGUACAGAACAACCGCAUCCUGAACUUAAAACGCAAAAGGCCACUUCUAAUGAACAGCAGUGGGAAGAAGUCCAAAUACAUUCAUCAGAUCUAUGAUGACAAAGUGUGUGUUGAACAGUCUGUCAACAGUCUGAAUGGUGUGAAGGGCUCUGAGAUAUCCGAUGAUGUUAUCAUCUGUGACUUGACUGAGAGUGCUGCUGAGGCGGCUGCUGAGAUCUCCGAGGGCUCACCAAGAGCCUACGACCAGGGUGAUUUAGAAAUCGUAGAGGUAGAGCUGGACAGCUGUGCUGUGCUGCCAGCCGAGGCGGAGGUGAGCACCAGUCGCUCAGAUGAGCUGAGACAGUCAGAGGCUGGUGUUGCAGCAGCAGCAGACGACAGCCCGAGGAGCAGCGGGUCAACCAGCAGCGCCCUGCAGCUCAACAAACCCUCAGGCCUGAGUCUGGAGGACCCCGUCAAGAUGAUGGACUCCAUACUGAAUGAGAACGGAGCAAUAUCGCAGAACAUCAACCUGCUGGGCAAGAUGGAGCUGAUGGACUAUCUGGACAGUAUUGACUGCAGUCUGGAGGACUUUCAGGCCAUGCUGUAUGGAAAACAGUUUGGGUUGGAUUUUGACACCCUGGAGGAGAGCAUUUCCUCCAAAGAGAACAGCACACAGCUCAACAGAGGCAAGACAGACGAAGUCAACACAGAUAAGCAGUUGAUCCAGUACACCUCCUGCCCCCUGUUGGCCUUCCUCGAUGGCUGCAUCACUCAACCAGAGGUGGAGCUGGGCGGCAGCAGCAGCAGCAGCACCUGCAGCUGCAGCACCACCACCACCACAACCAGCAGCAGCACCACCACAGGCUCCAUUAACACACACCUCCAGCUCUCCUCCAGCUGUGGUGCUCCUGUGGAUGCAGAGCCGCCUUCUGACCUGCUGGACCCCAGCCAGGAGCUGAAGCAUCCGGCCCGCAGCUCGUUGAUCCGCCUGGAGCCUCUGACGGAGGCAGAGGCCAGCGCCGAGACGCUCUUCUACAUGUGUGAACUGAGUCCUCCUGGAGCGGAGUCUGACGCCACCCUGCUGGACAGAGUGUGAGCAGGAAGUGAUGUCUCUUCACCUCAGACAACAUCCCUCCAUCGUCAGACAGGACUGACACUGUGUGUUAAUGUUGUCCUGAGCUGUGUGUCUGAUGAGAAGCUGUAAGAGAAGUAGAACAGCUCCAGGCUGCAGUUUGGAACAUGUACACAUUUUAACAUUUAAGACUUUUGCAUUGAUGAUAGCAUUUGAGUUCCUGUUAUAAGCCACACCUUCAUCAGUUAUAAUAAUAAACUGUUAUUAUUACUAUUACUAUUAUUAUUAUUAUUAAUAGCAUCUAGCAGCUUAUCCCAUUUAGGCCUAAAAUGCCUGUAAAACCUAUGGCUGAUUUUAAAAUAACCCCCUAAAACCUGAAGUUUUUCUCGAAAUUCAACAGUGUGUCAACGCUUCCUACUAAAUAAUAGAUUUUUCAGCCUCUGUAGCAGAUAGAAAUGAAAUUACAAAAGUAUUUGAGAGCUUAUAGCUGUUAUAUUUGAGCUCCCUCUGCUAUAGUCGUCUUCCGCAAUGAUUUUCAGGAAAAGUCCCAUGUUGCAUUGUGACACUCCCACAUGUAUUCUGAUGCAUUUCAUUGGCCAAGAGACUGAAAAUAGGUGGAAAAAACUACUACAAAAGUAAAGUACUACAAAACGGUGUAUCCGCUUUCCGGCUUUAAUGGUAGAAUAACGCAACAGCGCCCCCGAUUUUGAUGGUAGAAAUGCAGUAAUGCUUUCCCGGCUUAAAUGGGUUAAUAGGCCUUUAAACCUAUUGGAUGCAGUUCGUGUGAAAAAUUGCGCCACUUUUUCCAGAGUCAUAACUCUCUGGAAAAACAGCUAUUUUUUGUUCUGUGGAUAAAUGUUUUUGGUAUUACUUCAGCCUUAAUUGUUUUUUCUCUUUUCGUGCAUAUAUCGUGUGUGUUGAAAUCUUGUAAACAUACAGGUACAACAUUUUAGAGAAGCUGACUUAACAAACAAACUGCAUGUCUGGAAGUGAAAUCUAUUAAUUUUGGGUGAUAUUGGUGCUUUUUUUUCAUGAAUUUAAUGUUUUCCUCAAUGCAAUGCUCUCAGAUGUACAAAUGACAUGACGUGCACAAACUGGCUGGUGUAAGCACAUGACUCCCAGCGCAGCUUCAUCUUUGCUCUCAUCUCCUUCAGUAUCUUCCCCAUCAGUAAAUUAAGUGAGGAGGCAUCCUCACCACUCUGUAUUACCACGUUGAAUCUUUGUAUGUACUUCUGAACAUGUAUUUAUUCUCUUUUUUUGUGUUAUUUUUUUGAUACAUUUCUGUCCAAAAGACUCUUGGGUCUUCCUUCCCUUUGAGAUCAGACUGAGAAAAGUGAGUGUUAACUAUAUGAAAUUAAACAUUGUAGAGAACUGGGACAAAAAGAUCCUAACUAAAGACUGUAAAUGAACCUAUUAAAGCAUCAGAUCAAGUCAUUUUACAGUUUCCACAUCAGUCAGUGUACUACAGAGUAAACGAUUGUGCAAUAAAUGAUUGACUACAUUUCUUAGCAACAACAUGGUAUGCAAAUUCAAAUGCUAAACCAAUCAA